UUGUUCCCCCCAGUUCUGAGCCUAGGUUAAAAUGAUACUAGACAAGAAGCAGCAGAAUGAAAAGAAUCUCCCAGGAGAUACGAAAUAAGCUCCCCGGAUUGCUAGCACUAGUGGUGACACGCGCCAGACAAAGGAGCUGGCAUUCUAUAAAUGAAGCAGCAGAGAGAGGUCGGCAAUUGGCUGGAUUGCGAGGAGAGAACCUGCGGAACGGAGGCAGCAAAGUGCUCGGAAGGAAGCAUCCGACUCCACUGCAUGUGAAUUCUUCCGUAAGAUUAGCUUGUACCGACUUAGACAACAGCAGUUCUGCUGGUGGUUUGACAAUGACCAGAAAGAUCUUCACCAACAGCAGGGAGCGAUGGAGACAACAGAACGUCAACAGUGCUUUUGCUAAGCUGCGGAAGCUCAUCCCCACGCAUCCUCCAGAUAAGAAACUCAGCAAGAACGAGACCCUUCGCUUAGCCAUGAGGUAUAUCAACUUCCUUGUCAAGGUGCUGGGAGACCAAGGCCUUCAGCAGACAGUGAGUCCUCAAGGACGGAUUCUAGGCCUGUUCCAGCCAAGUCCAAGUUUGGAAAGCAUGGAAGAGUUGACGCUCAUUGAAGACUCUGAGGUCCCUUCUCCUAGCACAACCAGUAACGUCCCCGAGUGCUGGUCAGAAGAAUCUUCUCCAUGAAGAACCUUCCGUUGGGGUGGUGGGGUUGUAGGCCUCCUGGUAACCCGAGAGUUCCCCUUUACAUAAAUUGUGGGUUGUUUUGCCUAUGUACAGUAUUUAUAUGCUUUCCUCUCUUUUAUCAAGUGUAUUUUUGUGUAAGGUUUUCUGGGGACGAUGAUUCAUUGUCAGUAAUUAAAACAGGAAUCUUCCGUCUCUAGAAAAAAGCAGGAUUUCAUCCACACAACUUGGCAGAAAGUGCUUUGAGUGCCAAGGCCAAGAAUACACUUUAUGCAGACCACAGAAAGCUGUGAGUGGAUUGUUUUUUCCUUUCCUUGAUGAUACAUUGAAGAAAACUAUUGGGGAUAAUAGUUUGUGUGAGCAAAAGCUUAAUUGUUAGGUUAAAGUGAUGCAAUCACUGAGCUGCAGAGAUGCUUUCUUUGACUGGCUGGCCAUGUCAUUCUGUCCUCCACCAUAUAUCUUCUGUAGUAUGAGAACCAAAGGAUCAUUUCCUUCUCCUCUUCUGUAGAGGAAAGAACCAUACUUGGCUGUACAACUGAAUCCACCACCCGCCCCCCUGCUCCCCCAACACAACAAGGUCACCAGCAGGGUUCAUGUGGAGUAGUGGGGAACAGAACCUGGUUCUCCAGAAUCUGUCGCUCAUGUGGAGCAACGGGGAAUCAAACCUGGUUCUCCAAAUUAGAGUGUACUGCUCGUAACCACUACACCACGCUGGCAAUGGCAAACCACCUCUGCUUUUCACUUGCAUUGAAAGGCCCUAAUUGGGAUCUCCAAAUGUUGGUUGUGACUUGAUGGCACUUAUGUAGGUAUAUGACGUAUUCAGUGAGUAAUAUCAAUAUUCUGUUUGGGUUAUUUGUUAAAAGAAGCAAAUAUUCAAAUGCAUGCAGUAUAUUUGGCAAAAAGACUCUUAGGUUGGGCUGUGUACAGGCAUGUUUGCAAACCAGAGUGGCUGCCAUGGGGUGAACCCUCAAAGGAGCUGGGGCACAUUGGCAGAGAAAGUUCCGAGUUUAACCCCCAUAAUCACCAGUAAAAAGAAUCAGGUGAAAUUAAAUGUCUCCUCUUGAAACACUGGAGGACUGGUGCCAGGCUAGAUGGAUAAUCCAGACCUUGGCACAACAACUGUCCGAAUCAAUAGAAGGCGACUUCAGGUGUUCAAACAUUCAGCCUCCAGAUCGAACGAUGGUUGCCUUUUCUGCUUUAACCUUCUCUAAUGGUUUGUUUUUGUUCAAGGAUUUUUCAUGUUUAUCUGAUCAAAUGUUUGUGAGAUAU